GGGACGCGAGCAGCCAUGGCCGAAGCGGCGCCCGCCCCGGCUCCAGAGAGGGACAAACUAACAGGGGAUGAAAGGCCUUCGACUUCUUCUCCAUCACCCCAGCCGGCCGCUGAGAAGAAUUCCUAUCUCUACUCCACGGAGAUCACACUGUGGACGGUGGUGGCCGCCAUCCAGGCCUUGGAAAAGAAGGUGGAUUCCUGCCUGACCCGCCUGCUGACUCUGGAGGGGCGGACAGGGACAGCCGAGAAGAAGCUGGCCGACUGCGAGAAGACGGCUGUGGAGUUUGGGAACCAGCUGGAGGGCAAGUGGGCCAUGCUGGGGACCCUGCUGCAGGAGUACGGGCUGCUGCAGAGGCGGCUGGAGAACGUGGAGAACCUGCUGAGGAACAGGAACUUCUGGAUCCUGCGGCUGCCCCCGGGCAGCAAGGGCGAGGCCCCCAGGGUGCCCGUGACCUUUGAUGACGUGGCCGUGUAUUUCUCUGAGCCGGAGUGGGGCAAGCUGGACGAGUGGCAGAAGGAGCUGUACAAGCACGUGAUGAGGGGCAACUACGAGAUGCUGGUCUCCCUGGAUUAUGCCAUCUCCAAACCGGACAUCCUCACCCGGAUGGAGAGGGGAGAGGAACCUUGUCCUGAAGGCCCAUGGGGCCAGGAGGAAGGGAACGAGAGAGAGGAAGCGUGCCCCAGGAGGCCAGGUGCAGGCCUUCCUCCAUGCCCAGACCAGAUCCCCAGCUCGGUCAGCCCUGCCCAGGAGGAGCCGAAAGAAGGUCAGGCCCUGGAGCACCAGCGAGACUGGGAAGCAAGGGUGACCCCGCCAGAACCGGGCGCUGGGCCCCCAGCCGGCGUCAGCAUUCUGUCUUCAGUUAAACGGGAGGAAGACUCUUCAGAUGGGGAGUCACCAACCUGCCCUCCCAGGGACAUCCUGCCCAGCUUGGGGCCAGGCAGGGGUCCAGGUUCGCUGUCACCGGGGAGCCGACUCUGUGGUCUGGCAGGGGGUGAUGCUGUGGUCAUCAAGACGGAAGCACCAUCCGAGGACGAGAUGACGCCAGAGCCGCCCUUCCCCAGGGCGUCCCCGAGCCGGGCCGCGUGUGGAAUCCCCAAAGGGCCCAGGAGCAGGACUGGGGGUUCUGGCCGGCUUCAUGCGGGGGGCAUCCCCCGGGCGCGAGCGGGGGACCCCCGGCCCACGGGGGCUGGGGCCCAGCCGCCCCGUGUCCUCCCGCGUCGGCGGGAGCGGGCCUUCCCCUGCCCUGACUGCGGCCAGAGCUUCCGCCUGAAGAUCAACCUGACCAUUCACCAGCGAAGCCACGUGGAGGAGGAGCACCGGGAGGCCCGGGGCGGCUCGCCCACCGGGUGGGGGGACGCGCACUCGGCACUGGAGCCGGGGGAGGUGGUGGUGCCCGGCCCGGUCAUCCGCUGGCUCCCCGAGGAGCGCGAGGGCCGCCGGCCCUUCGUGGGGCGGAGGCCGGCGACAGCCAAGGUGUACCACUGCAGCGAGUGCCUGCGCUUCUUCCAGCAGCGGAAGAGCCUGCUGCUGCACCAGCGCCUGCACACGGGCAACAGCCAGGGCUGGCCCACCUGCCCCUACUGCGGCAAGGCCUUCCGCCGGCCCUCCGACCUCUUCCGGCACCAGCGCAUCCACACGGGCGAGCGGCCCUACCGGUGUCCUCAGUGCGGCCGGGCCUUCAACCGCAACCACCACCUAGCGAUGCACAUGCAGACGCACGCCCGGGGCCAGGUGGGCCCGCCCUGCCCCGGGCCCCCCACCCUCCUGGGGAGCCUGCCCCGGCCCCGGCCCAGCCGCUCGGAGGAAGGCUGACCAACACGAGCCUGCAGUGUCAUCCCGGGGAGGACCUCCUCUUCCCCGCCCCUACGGAGCUUUUCCACUCGUGCCUGACGCUGGUUCCUUCUCGGAUGGCUCAGGAGAGAUUCCCGCCCCACCCCCCCCCCACCUUUAUUCAAAUGGGAAGCAGUGGCCUUUAUGUUGAGAGUGUAUAGGGAUGACCAGAUGCCUCAGUUCCUUGUCACUUUUUGCUGCCUUUGCUACAUUCCUGGCUUAUAACGGCUCCAUUAAGGCUUAGGGGAGUCCACACUUUGGUGGGGGCCUUUGACUAGUAGCAUGGAGGGACACGAGAGCCAGGGUGAUAGGGGCAUUGAGGGCGUGGGGUUUCUCCGUCAACAAGACAAGCAGCAGAGUGGACAGAAAGCCUGAAGAAGAGGCGCUGGAAAUUUGAAUUUGUUACUAUUAUUUUGAAACUUCUUUUUUAAUAGUUUUUCUAAGGGCUUUUGUUAAGUAUUGUGUGUGGUGGUAAAGGGGACCAAGGUCUCCUGAGGGACAGGAAUUAGCCUGCCGCCUCCUUGUGUGGGGAUGGCAGAGGCACUGUGCAGACCAGCUGGGGAUCCCUGCUGAUGGUGGUGCCUCGGCUGCUGCCCUGGAAACCAGGUGUCUUCCUAGAUGUGUGUGCUUGGCCCAGAGUGAUUCCCAGUAUUUCCCGUUCUUUCCUCAGUGGGUGUUCGCAUCCAUGAUUAACUCUGGUAAUCAGCUGAGACUGGGGGGAGCUAAAGCCUGGAGUGGAUGACAUUUCCCCCAGGGUCUCAGUGUUCAUGGGUGUGCACGCUCCAUGGACCCCACCUGAUACCUGGGGGGGGUGUGGGGGGGUCAGGUGCACCAUGGGCCCAGGAAGUCCUUCCCCUAGGGAAAGGUCCUACUCAGAGUGAGGCUGGUGACCCAGCGUGGACUGUGGGUUUGCCAGGCCUGACUUGUCAUAUUAAAGGAUGGAAUGUCUUCUAGAACUUGGGGCUCAUGGCAGAGUUAGGCCAAGAGAUCCAGGUGAAACUUUAAGCCACCACCAGCCUCACGUUCCUCAUCGGUUAAAGGUGACCCACGUGCAUCCUCCACUUUAGAAUAGUCACGGUCAUAAUAGAUUUGGAGUCAACAGAACCAUAGGCAGCCUAGUUUUGACCUUCCUUUCACCUUCAGGGCCCCCUUCAUCUCCAGCCCUUUUUCGACUCAGAAUCACUCAAGAAGGACCUUUAUUUUCCGGAGUGAGUGGAAGGUCCUUCAGGUGCAGAGUGAGAUGAGACUUUCCCUUUGGGCUGUAUCCCGCAGGUGCCUUCAGUACCUCAGUGAAACAAACUCUUAGCAAAGCAAAGAGGUUCAGAUGGGUGGUUCGGACAAUAGGAUCGGGCCUCAAGGAGACGUCCUGAUGGCAGCUAGCUUCUUGUGCCUCUUAAAUCACACCACUUUGGGUGCUACCUAGAGACCAGCCCUUGGUUUGGCUGAUUUUGAAGCUGCAAUCAUGGGUCCUCAGCUGUUCUGAUUGUUGUCUCAUUUGUCUGGCACUGUGGAGUGUCUAGUGUUCAAGCCUGCUUCCAGGUGCCUGGGUCCCUAGCUGUGCCACUUCGUGUUGCCCCCUUCUGAUCUUCCCUACCUCUCCUAAAGUCCUGAGCAGAGUUGGGAGCAGAUGGAAACACUGCUUUCAUUUCUGGGACAGAGUAUACGCGUCAAUGACAGCUCAGCCAGGCCUGCCAUAGAUUCCGUCUGUCUGCUCUUGCAUCCUCCAGCCCUUGCCAGAGGCCCCACAGUCCGGACUGGGCUGUCAGCAACUGCACAGGAUGUGGUGCUAGUGUAGCUGAUGGGAGCUUAACCCUCAGCUACAGAGUUAGUCUCAGGUGUUUUCCUUGGGGAUGCCUCAAGGCUCAGAGCUUCUAGGCCUUUCUAAUGCUUAAUGCCCUAUGUAAAUACAGAGACUCAGACCGAAGGAGUGAUCGCUAUGCGCUGGUGCUCCCCUUCUUCCAAAGCACUCAGUGUGCCAGGCUCCAGGCUAGGCCUUGCGAGUUUGCAUGACAC